AUGGCGUCUCAAACACCAGCCGUUGUCAUGGACAACGGUACCGGUUACUCCAAGCUUGGAUUUGCCGGUAAUGAUGCGCCUUCUUUCGUUUUCCCUACUGCAAUUGCAACCAAGGCCGGUGCCGGGAGCGCUGGAAGCUCGGGCGCGCGGCCUCCUGUUGGCAACAAGCCAUCCUUCCUAGGCGGCGGUGGAGGUAGCUCUAAUCUUUCCGCAAAGCGUGGAACUGAGGACCUUGAUUUCUUCAUUGGUGAUGAGGCUCUGGCUGCUGCCAAUGGUCCCGGAUACGGUGUGAACUAUCCCAUCCGACAUGGACAGAUUGAGAACUGGGAUCAUAUGGAGCGCUUCUGGUCAAACUCGAUCUUCAAAUACCUUCGAGUCGAGCCUGAAGAUCACCACUUCCUUCUGACUGAGCCUCCGCUGAACCCUCCCGAGAACCGUGAAAACACCGCCGAAAUUAUGUUCGAGUCUUUUAACUGCGCCGGUCUCUACAUCGCCGUUCAAGCCGUGCUCGCCCUUGCUGCCUCCUGGACCUCCUCCAAGGUCACCGAUCGAUCCCUGACUGGAACUGUGAUCGACUCGGGUGAUGGUGUGACCCACGUUAUCCCCGUGGCCGAGGGCUACGUCAUCGGAUCUUCGAUCAAAAGCAUCCCCAUCGCCGGUCGAGACAUCACAUACUUCGUGCAGAGCCUGUUGCGUGAUCGAGGCGAGCCAGACAGCAGUCUGAAGACCGCCGAGAAGGUCAAGGAGGAGUACUGCUACGUGAGCCCCGAUAUUGUCAAGGAGUUUGCGCGCUACGACCGCGAGCCUGAUCGCUUCCUGAAACACACCGUCAGUGCGCCUAAUGGCCGCAGCGUUUCCAUCGACGUCGGUUACGAGCGCUUCCUUGCCCCGGAAAUCUUCUUCAACCCCGAAAUCUACUCGUCCGACUUCCUGACCCCGCUCCCCAACGUUGUCGACGGUGUUAUCCAAUCCUCGCCCAUCGAUGUCCGAAGGGGUCUCUAUAAGAAUAUUGUCUUGUCCGGUGGCUCCACCUUGUACAAAGAUUUCGGUCGUCGUCUACAACGUGAUAUCCGCCACUUGGUUGAUGCCCGCAUUCGUGCAUCCGAGGCCCGCAGCGGCGGUGCCCGGUCGGGUGGUCUGGAUGUCGCGGUUGUUACUCACAAGCGCCAGCGGCACGGUCCCUGGUUCGGAGGCAGUUUGCUGGGUCAGACGCCUGAGUUCCGAAGCUACUGCCACACCAAGGCCGAAUACGACGAGAUUGGUCCCAGCAUCGUGCGGAGAUUUGCUCUGCUCGGUGGCCCCGGAAGCACCUAG